CAUAUCCGUAUUCUCUCUUUCUUUUAAACAACACAAAAUCAAUAAUGUUCUCUUCUCACUCUACUACCGGUGGUACCCUCAGCGUCACAGUCAUCGAAGCUCGUGAACUCCAUGGUGAGGACUUGGUCGGCAAGAACGACCCUUAUGUCGAGCUCUGGUUGAACGAAGACUACAAGCAGCGCACUAGCGAGCUUUCCAACACCAACGAUCCCGUCUGGAACCAGACCUUCACUUUCCUCAUCGACGAGGGAUCCUCCAUCCACAAGCUCUACCUCAAGGUCCUCGACAAGGAUACCUUUGGCUCUGACAAGAUUGGUGAGGCCAGAGUUGAUUUCCGCCAGGCCCUCGAAGGCCAGCCCAUUGAUACCUGGGUCAAGUUGCCCGCUAAGCUCGGUCUUUCCAGCCACGGUGAAGUCCACCUUUACAUCCAGUUCUCCCCCAACUAAAUUUGUCUUGUAAAAAAAAAAAGGUCAAACAUCUAACUACAAGAAGAGGAAAAAGGGAAUUAGGAAUCUUUGCUUUAGCUUUUUUUUUUCUAUUCCUUUUUCGUUUUUGAUUUCUUAUACUUUGAUCACAUAUCUACAAACAUAUACAUAUAUACACACAAACACCUCUUCUUCUUUUGCAUAUCCCCUCUAUAUAGCUGCUAUAUAUAUAUAUUCUAAAAAAAUAAGCCGUGUCUACCUGUAAUGGUGACAGAAAUAAGCGGUUCAAUUUGUUCUAAUAAACAGUAAAUAAACAUUUUAUAUGUACAUAUAAUUU